AUGGUGAAGGGACAAAACGUACCAAGCGAAUUGAGACAUGUUAUUGAUCAGCUGGAGCGUUACUGCAUGGCACCCGAUGGAUCUCUCAUGUCCAUCAAUGUUUACAACGAUCUCCACCUUGCAAGAGAGGAAAUGUGCAGGGAGAGAAUACGCUACCUGGAAGCCAUGGCAAUAUACUCCGAGGUGGUUGCAAUGGUGGAAGAGUAUCAUGAAUCAUCGAGCUCCGGCGGAAUAACCGAUUCUUCUGGUGGUCUUCAUUCGCCACUUGGAACGAUGAACUCUUCUCAGGUGCAUAAGACUUUAGAGCAUCGGAUGGCUGUGGCCGAGGCGGCUCAAAGAUUGAGACUUCCACUUAUUGCUGAAGAUGGGAAACUUCAUGAGCAUGAAGAUAUUGAGAAGUUGAGUGUGGUGUCUAGAAGCUUCAUUGAUAGUAACAGUUCCAGUCCCAGUGCCACCAUCUAUUCAAGCAAUGCUGCAAAUUAUGCUACUCCAAGAAGCUCCAUCAGUGGGGUUAAUUCUGCAUUCUCUGGCGUAGUAGAUUCGGCGGAACCAGGAAUUUUUGGUGUCCCUGAUCGCUUUUUGGGAAUUACACCUGCUUAUUUGUGGCAAAGUCAAAUUCAAAAAACACCAUCAUCUGGGGAUAUGAGAGAAUACUGCAAGUCUCUUUCCCGUGAGAUAGACGAUCGCCUGAAAUUGAAAUGUGAUAUGCUAUUAAGUGCCUUUGUAUUGGAUGUCGACGAAAAUAAUUCUUUUUCAUCUCCAAGUCUAAGAACGAGUUCUUUGCUUGCAGAAAGGGUGAAGUCAAUGAUUGAGCAGAUUGAAAGAGAAGAAACAGCAUUGCGAGAGAACCUUUAUUCUGCAUAUAGAAAGUUUGCUGAAUACUAUAAUGUCCUGGAGCAGAUACUUGGGGUGAUUAUUGAACUAUUUAAUAAUUUUAAGUUGGGACAUCAACAUGAUUAUGAUGAAGUGAAGAAGUCAUGGCUCUGUCAAAGAUGUGAGGCAAUGGAUGCAAAAUUGAAGGUCCUAGAGCAUUUUUUCCUUUAUAAGACUUACAAUGAAGAAACCGUACCUGCCCUAUAUAAGAUAAGGGAAUAUAUUGUUGAGGCUACUAAAGAAGCUUCUGAUACUUAUAAUAAAGCGUUUACUCGCCUGAUGGAAUACCAAGGUCUUGAUGAUGAAUUUGAGGACAUGGCAAGGGAGUAUGAGGAUAUUUUAGAGAAAUUGGAAAAUAUGCAAUGGACAAUUCAACAAGUUGAGAUGGAUCUGAAAUCAUUUGCUAGAUAACCAAAGCAUAGAGUAUAAGAGUUUAGUAACGAAGCUUGUGAAAAAAUUAAGUGUUCCAGCCUCAUGAUUUUGCUAAAUGAGGGGAAGCAAAAUAUAUGUUGUAGUUAAGAUUUUUUUGAGCUUUAGUAAACCUUUUAUAGUUUAUAUUGC